GUCCGCAGUCUCUGGUAAUCUCCUUUACUGUCUGCAGUCUCUGGUUCCCCUGCACUGUCUGCAGUCUCUGGCCAUCUGUACUAUGUCCACAGUCUCUGGUCAUUCCCUGUACUAUGUCCGCAGACUCUGGUCAUCUCCUGUACUGUGUCCGCAGUCUCUGAUAAUCCCCUGUACUGUGUCCGCAGCCUCUGGUCAUCCCCUGUACUGUGUCCACAGUCUCUGGUCAUCCCCUGUACUUGUCCGCAGUCUCUGGUCUUCCCCUGUACUGUGUCCGCAGUCUCUGGUCAUCCCCUGUACUAUGUCCGCAGUCUCUAGUCAUCUCCUGUACUGUGUCCGCAGUCUCUGGUCAUUCCCUGUACGAUGUCCGCAGUCUCUGGUCAUCUCCUGUACUAUGCCUGCAGUCUCUGGUCAUCUCCUGUACUGUGUCCGCAGUCUCUGGUCAUUCCUUGUACUGUGUCCGCUGUCUCUGGUCAUCCCCUGUACUGUGUCCGCUGUCUCUGGUCAUCCCCUGUACUGUGUCCGCAGUCUCUGGUCAUCUCCUGUACUGUCUGCAGUCUCUGGUCAUUCCCUGUACUAUGUCCGCAGU